UUGUCGCGGUGUUCCUCUUUCGAAGCCGCGAUGGCGGCGCGCAGAUGGGAAAAUGGCUCGCACUUAUUUCCAGAAUGUGGGCCACCUGUUGGAAACCGCGCGUUACUCCCGCCUCAUUUCGGGGCCGAACCGGUUCUGCCGCUUUACACGGAGGCUUUUAAGCGGAGCCGCGCGGGUAAACAUGCUGCAGUGUGACUGACUCUUCAUCUUCCGUGUCUUCCAUCUUCUCACCACGGAUACAAGGCAGCAUGAAGGGCGAUUUGGAGGCCUCCCCGCCCCCCUUACCGGAAGCGCCGGCUAUCCUCUGCCGGGACGUGUGUCGUUCAUUUGGCAAACUGAAGGUCCUCGACAACCUCAACCUGACCGUACCUCAAGGACACAUCUACGGCCUGCUGGGCCCCAGCGGCUGCGGGAAGACCACGCUGCUGAAAUGCAUCGUGGGCACCCUGAAAAUCACCCGGGGCCACAUCAGCGUGUUGGGGAAGCCGCCCGGGUUCCCUGGUCACGGUGUCCCGGGGAAGAUGGUGGGAUACAUGCCGCAAGAGCUGGCAUUGUACAACGAGUUCACCAUCAGUGACACGCUCACGUUCUUCGGGAGAAUCCACGGGUUAACGUGGAAGGAGACCAUGGAACGCAUGGACUUCCUCAUCAAGUUUCUGGACCUGCCGGAGAAGCACAGGCUGGUCCGGAAUCUCAGUGGUGGGGAGAUGCGGAGAGUGUCUCUCGGGGCGGCGCUGCUCCAGACUCCAGAGCUGCUCAUCUUGGACGAACCCACAGUGGGAGUGGACCCAGUUCUCAGGGCCAAGAUAUGGCAGCAUCUGGUAGACAUCGUGAAGACGGGCAAAGUGUCCGUCAUCAUCACCACACACUACAUCGAGGAGGCCAGGCAAGCUAACAUGGUCGGACUGAUGAGGAACGGCGACUUGUUGGCCGAAGGUCCUCCAGACGUGGUCAUGAAGCAGCACGGCUCAACAACCCUGGAGCAUGCCUUCCUGCAACUGUGCAAGACCUCAGACCAGAAUUGCCAGAAGCGCGACUCCGUCUCAAAAGACGACGUUUUGGUGGACAGCCAGUCAUUCGAGAGGGGCCAGGACGAGAGCCGACCCAUUCUUGGCACCGGCCCGCGAUGGAAUGUGGAGGACUUCAAGCCCACAGCGAACUGGAGGGUGCGAGCCAGACACAUGAUACCCAAAUGGAGGAACAUCGCCGCCCUCACCAUCAAAACCUUGGUGCGGAUGAAGAGGUUGCCGGGCUCGUUGUGCUUCCAGUUCUUGCUGCCCGUCAUCCAGAUCACGCUGAUCUGCUUGUGCGUGGGAGGAGACCCGCGAGGGAUCCAGGUGGCCGUGGUGAACAACGAGACCUCACCCAUUAGUUUCAGCAGAUCCCUGCUCUCCUUCCUGGACAACUCCAGUGUGCAACAGGUGCAGUUGUCGCAUGAGGAGGCUUUCCGAGGGAUCCAUGACGGGAAGUACUGGGGCAUUGUUGGCUUCGGCGAGAACUUCACCACCUGUCUCUUCAAAAGAAUGCUGGAGAAGCAGGUGUCCAAGGAGGUGGUGGACGGAGGGUCGGUGCACGUGUGGCUGGACCAGACGAACCGACAAAUUGCUGUGAUGCUGCAGCAGAAAUUGCUGGAGGCCUUUCAGGCUUUCGUUAGGAACAAGAUGGGCAAUCAAUCCUAUCUGGUUGACCUGCCAAUACAGUUUGAAGAGCCCAUUUACGGCAGCCUGAACAGAGACUUCACCACUUUUGUUACACCGGGCGCUGUGCUCAGCCUCACCUUCUACUUGGCCUUGGGCCUGACCGCCCUCUCCUUUGUGCUGGAAAGGAAGGCGGGGCUUCUCUACAGAUGCUGGGUCGCAGGUGUCAGCUCGAUGGAGACGAUGCUGGCUCACCUCUUUUCCCAGCUGCUGGUCAUCAGUGUCCAGAUCAUUCUCAUGUUGCUCUUCAUCUUCUUAGUCUUCAAGACGCCCAACGAAGGCUCCUUGGUGCUGAUGAUCACGCUGAUCGUGCUGCAGGGCAUCACCGGCAUCUCCUUCGGCCUCGUCAUCGCAGCCGCCAUCGACAACGAGCAGAGCGCCAACCAGGCGGCGCUGGGCAUCUUCUACCCCAACCUCAUCAUGAGCGGUAUCAUCUGGCCGGUGGAGUGUAUCCCUUAUCCUCUGCGCUACCUCAGCCUGGCUCUUCCUCAGACCUACGCCUCGGAAGCCCUCCGAUGCAUCAUGUAUCGAGGUUGGGGCCUGAGUCGCAUGAUGGUAUGGCGAGGCUUCGCCGUCACUUUGGGAUGGAACACGUUCUUCCUCAUCCUGGCCACGGUCAUCUUGAAGCUCAGGACGUGAACGCCUCGCGCUCGCUGUCGUCACGCCAAACACCCGUACCGUGUGUGAGUGUGUGUGUGUGUGUGGAGGACGAGGUAAGCAGCAGGCAAGGCCGUGUUGUAGCUCCUCCCCCAAAACUGUGCUGCAUGUCCACGCUCACAUGCAUCCCUUUGAGGCGCUCCAACAUGAGAAGAUAUAUAUAUUCAGCGUACGUCCUCCUGUCCAUGCAGUAUUUUGGUAUCCAUGGAAACAUGAAAAUGUGAAUUGAAGAAUAUUCCAGGUGCCCCGCACGACUUCUUGACGUCGCCGUGUCAAUUAUCUGGUUUGUACAUCAAAGAUGGCGGUGAUGGGAAGGGUUUGUUGUUAGGAUUUCACAAGCAGUAUUUUGUCCACUUUGCCGGACAGAGUGGACCGCGUCAGGUGUGGUCCGUUGUUGGCGUCAUGUGACCUCGUGUCCACGUGACCGCUUUUUACUCACCAAUAAAUAAAACACCACCGUGACUUUGUGUCCUCGCUGCGUAUUAUCAGAAACAUCCCCAUCACUACACACACGCUUCAUUUUGGUGCAGAUCUGGAUAAAGAAUGAAACAAAAUCUAUUAAGUCAUGAGAAAAAGUUAUGAAAAAAAUGGUCAAACAUAAAAUAAAAUUAAAAAAAAUAUAUUCACGCAAUAGUCAUUGGAAAUUUUUUGAAAAUUGUAGUAUAAAAAAACACGAACCAUCAUCCACAUGUUUGAUCUGCACCAAAACUUUUUGGUCCAUGAAGACGUAAAACGUGAAUCGACACCUAAUGCCAUCCUUUAAGAAUUAGUUAAAAUGUAAAAAGAAAAAAAAUUGCCUAAGCUACCUUUAUCCAGAUCUGCACCAAAAAUCUUUAAUCAAAAUUCAUGCAUUAUUCUCUAAAAAAAAAUGUUUUAAAUAUGAUCCUCCAAGAUGUUUUGAUUUAUUACAUUAUUAUUAAUUAAUUUUAAAAGUAUGUUUUGGAAAUGCAACAAAGUCUCUUCAUUCAUGAGAAAAUUAUGAAAGAAAAAUGGUCAAACAUUAAAUUAAAUUAAAAAAAUAUACAUAUUCACGCAUUAUUCUCUGGAAAUUUUUUAGGAUAUCGUAAUAUAAAAAAACAAA